GGCUCUUCACCGGCACCGGUCACCCACCAUAAUAUUCAAGCCUGUCAAUUGACUACAGACACACCACAUUCCUAGUUCUGCUCAAAAGCAAACGACGGAGCUUAGCUUUCCACUAGGAACUUCGGCGCUUCAACGGUGCCUUUGUGGCGUUUUGGGCACGCCUCAUGUUCACACAGUUCCUAGAUAUAGUCACCUUCCAUCGAUAACGACUCCAUCACAGAAACCAUUAUGAGGCCACCGGGUGAACAUGAAUCAAAGAUCGUCGAAGGCGAUGUCGCCGAUGCCUUAGAGGACAACAAAAAGACCACGACGUCGGCGGAAAGGAAGGACGAGACUGAGAGUCAUGGUGUUGUCAAGGGCCAGGCCGAUCCCAAAGAUGUCAAGGCCGAUGAAAGGAAGCAGGAGGCGGAGGAGGAGGAGGAAGACGACGAUGACGACGAGCCACAACCCCCGGGUUAUAGAAACAGGGCACCUAUGUCAUACAACUCCUCAGGAGUUAAGAGACCAUAUACUCCAGGAAGACCUCAGGGACAUUAACUUUUUGGAAUAAAGCUCGUUGUACCGUGACUUGUUAUGAUUAAAGAAGAAUCCAGAUCGUCUCAUUUUC